UUCUCCAACGGAAAAACCCGUUAAUUUCCUCUUUCCCUCCCUUCCAAUUCCCCGGUACCCCCAAAUCCCUAUCCGCCAUUGCAGCACAUUCAAAGCUGUUGAGCGGAGGGGUACAUGCGAUGAAGAGAAGAAGUCAUAACCCGAAACAGACCCAAGGAAAUUUCUAUUUUUUAAGGUUUUGCAUGGAGACCUAGCUAGCAAAACCAUAUAAACUUAACAUUCUAUCGACUAUAUCCACCGAUCUUGUGUUGUUUCCGUCAAUUUUGCAUCGUGUUUUCCUCACAAUUCCCCUCGAGUAAUCAACGUCAUUCGAUAUUGGGGUUUUAUUAAAUUUUCUCCUUGGUCUUGUUCAUAUUGGUGAAAUUAAAGAUCAGUACAUCGUGGGUUGGGUAAAGUUGAUUUCGUUCGAUCUUCCUGUUUAUUUGGCCGUGUGUACAAAAACCGGUGAUUGCAUUUCGUAUCUGGUUGUUUAGUAUUUUCAUGCUCAUCGUCAUUGCUUCCUCUUAUGAAAAGGAUAGUGAGUGAAACUGAGAACUUAUACAUGAAUACUUGAAGUCAAUAGCUAGCCUACAUCUUUUAAAUCAUUUUAAUUAGAUGGGAAAUAGAUGUGGAGUACCAAGGUGCUUGAAGCAUGGAUUCUUUGGAUCCAUAUGGCAUUCAUUAUGGUGGUCCAGGUCACCAAAUUAUAUCCAAUAUGAAAAAAGAAGAGCAAGAAACCAACGUCAUCAUAAACAUAACAAGGUUACCAGACCUGUCCAAAAUACACCUCCACAUGUAGUAAUCAUAGCCAAUGAGGACCAUAAACCAGUGAAGCAACAAAGCAAACCAACACAGAAAAAUGAGACAUCUAACACCAUGAAUCCGCAUCAUAGGAGAAGGAAGUCAAGUGCAGGUCUUUUAGUCGAUAAAGUCUUGAAAAAGAAUACUGGAAAUUUAAGAGAUCGCUAUGCAGUUGGUUUAGAACUGGGACAUGGACAAUUUGGUACAACUUCCAUUUGCACAUCAAAGAAAAACGGGAAACAAUUUGCUUGCAAAUCGAUUUCUAAGAGGAAAUUAGUAACCGAUGAUGAUGUGGAAGAUGUUAGGAGGGAGGUUGAAAUUAUGCAUCAUUUGUCAGGACACCCUAAUGUGGUUUCCAUUGAAGGUGCUUAUGAAGAUGGUUUUGAAGUUCAUUUAGUGAUGGAACUUUGUGGUGGAGGUGAACUUUUUGAUAGAAUUUCUAAAAAAGGUCAUUACUCUGAACGCAAAGCAGCUGAUCUUCUUAAAACUAUUGCUAGUGUUAUCGAGGCAUGUCAUUCUUUGGGUGUUAUCCAUCGGGAUCUUAAGCCUGAGAAUUUUCUCUUUGUUGAUGAAGAUGAAGAUUCGUCUCUUAAAGCCAUAGAUUUUGGAUUAUCGGUUUUCUUUAAGCCAUGUGAAAUCUUUACGGAUGUAGUUGGAAGCCCUUAUUAUGUUGCACCAGAGGUUUUGCAAAGACAUUAUGGUCCUGAAAUAGACAUUUGGAGUGCUGGUGUCAUCCUUUACAUUCUUCUUUCAGGGGUGCCACCUUUUUGGGGAGAAACACAGGAUGAUGUAUUCUUGGAGAUUUUACAGGGUGAACUUGACUUUUCCUUUGAUCCAUGGCCUUCUAUCUCUACAAGUGCUAAGGAUCUGAUAAAGAAAAUGCUAGUUAGAGACCGAUGUUGGCGACUAACUGCUCAUGAAAUUCUUUGUCAUCCCUGGGUUAGUGUAGAUGGGGUUGCUCCAGAUAAGCCGCUUGAUCCUGCAGUGUUGACUCGUUUGACUCAGUUUUCUGCCAUGAAUAAGCUCAAGAAAAUGGCUCUUAGGGUCAUUGCAUCAAAGCUCUCAGAAGAAGAAAUUGCUGGACUAAAGCAAAUGUUUAAGAUGAUGGAUGUUGAUAAUAGUGGUUAUAUUACUUUUGAUGAACUCAAGGAAGGACUCAAGAAAUGUGGUGCUGAUCUUGACGAAUCUGACAUUCAUGAUCUAAUUCAGUCUGCUGAUAUUGAUAAUAGUGGAACUAUUGACUAUGAUGAAUUUGUGGCUGCAACUUUGCAUUUUACCAAAAGUUGAUAGAGAGGAUCGUUUAUUUGCUGCUUUUGCAUAUUUUGACAAAGAUGGGAGUGGUUAUAUUACACAUGAUGAACUCCAACAAGCAUGCAAGGAGUUUGGAGUCGCUGAUAUCUAUUUGGAAGAAAUUAUGAAAGAAGUUGAUCAGAACAAUGAUGGACGUAUAGAUUAUGGUGAGUUUGUUGCAAUGAUGCACAAGGGAACUACCAAUUUAGGAAGGAAUCGAUCCAGGAAUAGCUUUAUCAUUGGAUUCAAGGAGCCGUUGGCUGUUUUUUGAUUUCAAAUAUUCUUUUUCUUCAUUUUUAUGCGAAUGAAUUUCUCAUAUAUUUUUGCAGAAGCAUAGAUUAUUAAAUUAUCAAAAGAUUAUGAGUAUGAAUUCGCAGC